GAGUGGUGACUCUCUCGUUCGUAUUUAUCAGGGGGGCCCCGGAAUAAUAACGUGCGAAUUUUCGCGAAAAGCCGUGUGCCACCGCGUAGAACCACGUCAGCUCGCCCUGUGUGACAUGAGAUGUGACGCAUCCGUGAACCGCGGGAAAAGUCGAGUGUGAUCUGGUUUUUUGUUGUUGCUGUUUUGUUCGAGAGGUUUUUGUUUGCGGAGUUUCCCUGGACUUGAUUUUAGUGAAAGUGUAGUUUUUUAUUCAAGUGCGUAAUAUUCUGAGGCGUACUUUGAGUACUUUUUGCUCCGAAAGGCUAUAACGAAUUUUUUUCGUGAGCCAAACUCGUGAGCUGGACCACACUUUUCUGCCCAAUUUGGAUGGAUACCGUGCAUUAUUUUUGGAGUGCAUCGUCGUUGCCGUCAUCCUGACCUGCCAGAGAAAUCCUCAUGAAAGACUGGGAACUCAGUACUCAAAAUAGCAUCGGUAAGUGUGCUGAUAUUCCAGGCUCUGUGGAUCCCUACUCGAAAUUCAGCAGUGCGGUGGCUGCAGCCGACACCAUUUCCUCACCGUGGACUCCUGCGAGUUCCGGGCCGCCGCCCGACGCCAACGGCUCCGGCUCGGAUACGAAAAACCUGGACGUCGGCGAGAUCAGUGAUGACGAGAAGGACCUGUCGGCGGCGGACGCGGAGGGCGUGUGGUCACCGGAUAUCGAGCAGAGCUUCCAGGAAGCUCUCACCAUAUAUCCGCCAUGCGGUCGACGUAAAAUCAUCCUCUCGGACGAGGGAAAGAUGUAUGGUCGCAACGAGUUGAUUGCGCGUUAUAUCAAACUAAGGACCGGUAAGACGAGAACGCGAAAGCAAGUCUCCUCUCACAUACAAGUCCUUGCGAGGAGAAAACUGCGUGAAAUACAGGCGAAACUCAAAGUGGAUCAUGCCGCAAAGGAGAAGGCGUUGCAGACAAUGUCGAGCAUGUCGAGUGCCCAGAUAGUAUCGGCUGGCAGUGCGAUACACAACAAGAUGCCCCCCGCCCUCGUGGGGCCCCUUGCCCUUCACGCUUCCACCCCCGUCUCCUAUCCCGGAGCGCAAUUCUGGCAGCCCGGUUUGCAGCCAGGAACGUCCCAAGAUGUCAAACCUUUUCCACAACCGGCUUACACCGGAAAACCGGUUUCGGCGGUCACAACAGGCGACAUGGUCCAAGCACAACCACCUCCGCCAUGGGAAGGACGUGCCAUCGCUACUCACAAAUUAAGACUCGUCGAAUUUUCGGCCUACAUGGAACAACAAAGAGAUCAAGACAUAUACCACAAGCACCUGUUCGUCCACAUAGGAGGUUCGGCGACGUACGCGGAUCCCCUCCUGGAGGCAGUGGACGUGAGGCAGAUUUACGACAAGUUCCCGGAGAAGAAAGGCGGCCUCAAGGAGUUGUACGACAAAGGACCUCAGGUAGCCUUCUUCCUCGUCAAGUUCUGGGCGGAUCUCAACACCAACAUCCAGGACGAGGCGGGAGCUUUCUACGGAGUAACGAGCCAGUAUGAGAGCAAUGAGAACAUGACGAUAACGUGUUCGACGAAGGUUUGCUCGUUCGGGAAACAAGUGGUGGAGAAGGUGGAGACCGAGUACGCCAGGUUCGAGAACGGAAGGUUCGUUUAUCGCAUCAGCCGCUCCCCCAUGUGCGAGUACAUGAUCAACUUCAUUCAUAAACUGAAGCACCUACCUGAAAAGUACAUGAUGAACAGCGUUCUCGAGAACUUCACCAUCCUGCAGGUUGUGACAAACAGAGACACGCAGGAAACGUUACUGUGCACAGCGUACGUCUUCGAAGUCUCGACGUCCGAACAUGGUGCUCAGCAUCACAUAUACAGAUUAGUCAAAGACUAGCCUGAUUAACCUGCUCGUCAUGCAGCCAUCCACCCCCAUCAGUGCCUACCAUCACACAAAUUCAUUCAUACAAAUAAUCACACACAACACGACACUCUACACUUUUGCCAAGCGACUUGAAAAGAUCGCAAAAACUCAAAAACGAAAACAAUUAAACAGACACGUGCGAUUACAAAAUUUGCUAGACGCACGAGUUUCGCUCGUUCUGAGUCUCUUCCAUGGCGACUAUACAAAAAAAGCCCACAGACAAUCGGUGACCGUGCACCUAACUAUUUCGUUUUUACUUAGAAGAAUCGGCAUCGAAAAAAAAAAAACAAAGAAAAAAACGAAAAUACCAACGUCUCCCAGGAUUUAAUCGGAAGGAAAUUUAUCGUUUUCUUAUUAAUCAUGUGCAAUUUCAAAUACCUCCGGAGAAGCUUUUAGGGAUCUCCAAGAUUUCGCAUCGAAAUUCAGAUUUUUUAUUUGUAAAUGUGUGCAAUUUCUAUUUGGCCGAAGAUUUUUGUUUUUUUUCGAGAAUUUUCAAACGCGGUAGAAACCAGGACGCACGUGUACACAGACACUUAUACCUGCAGCCAAGCCGAGAACGAGUUUGCCUCGAAAUUGAGAACUUCGAAUGAUAUCACAGCAAUUCACAAAGAUCUCGAAUUUGUAUUGUUUUUUUUUUCUCUAGGCAGCGAUUGUCUUACAGUAUUCAAAGAGCUUUUUCUUUUUGCGAGUAGUGUCGAUUGUCUAGAAACCGUUCCAGGGACGAAUCUAAUAUUUUUAAUCAAAAGGAAUUUGAAUUUGGCGCCAAAUCUUGUAGGUUAUGUUUCAAGUGUGGCUGCAACAUUUCGGCGCGAAGUUUGAAUUUCAAAUUAGAAUUUUGCAGGGAGGCCGUCAGACGAAUUUUCUGAGUCCGGGAAAUUAUUUUUUCGAGGAAAACUUGACAAUUUUCGAGUUUAGAAUGCGCAAUUCUAAAAUCUUUUACUUUACAAACUUUCCAUUUGAGGACUUUUAUUUUUUAAGCGUGAAUUUUACAUUUUAAAAG